CACCCAGCAAGAGAAGGAGCUGUACUAACUGUCCAGAAGACAAUGACGAACGGAUCUUGUCAAGAUAUCAGAUUUGACUUUACAGGCAGAUUCCUGCCUCCUGUUUACAUCUUAGUCUUCAUCAUUGGUCUGGUAGCUAAUGGAUGGGGAUUGAAGUCUUUGCUGCAGAAAUGGAAGAAACUGGGCAUCGUUAAUGUGUUUGUUCUCAAUCUCGGACUUGCUGAUAUUCUAUACCUGCUCACACUCCCCUUUUUGGUGGUGUACCACUUUGUGGAGAGAAAGUGGAUCUUUGGAGACGCAUUCUGCAAGAUAACACGAUUCUGCUUCAACCUGAAUUUAUAUGGCAGCAUUGGGUUCCUUACUUGUAUAAGUGUGUACAGGUACCUGGCUAUUGUCCAUCCAAUGAGAGUGAUGGGAAGAAUAACUGUCACUCACUCUGUGGGGAUCUCAGUCAUGGUUUGGUUUUUAGUCAGCGUUCAAAGUCUUCCAGACAUGUUCUACAGCAAAACAUCUCAAAACAACACUGAGCAAUGCUUCGAUACCACCUCUGACAUCUAUGUGGAUGAUUACAUUAAAUACAGCCUUGGAUGGACAUUCACUGGGUUUUGUAUCCCAUUGCUCAUCACACUGGGCUGCUAUGGACAUGUGAUUGUCGUUCUCUGCCGCACAAAUAUCACUGACAAGGUACUGAAACAGAGAUGCUUGAAGUUGUUGUUCAUCGUGAUUCUUCUCUUCUCUGUUUGUUACAUCCCCUAUCAUGUACUGAAGAGCCUCAACCUCUGGUCAAGAGUUCUGCAAAAUCAGAAGAUAUGCCGUGAAUGGUCUAAUGGAGUCUACAUUGCUCGUCAGAUAAGUCGUGGCCUUGUGUGUCUGAACAGUGCUCUCAACCCUCUGGUUUACCUCCAUGGAAAUGAAGAUAUUCCUGCUCAGCUCAGACAGCUGCUCCAGCAAGCUCGUAAAGCUGUCAUGCGUCUCACCCCUAGUCAAGUUCCACUGGUGUGUGAAUGAAAUUGAAUUAUUGUAUUGCAUCAUCUUGUUCUGGGUCAAGGUUGUUAUCUAUGUUAUGGUGAUAUUGCUAUUAACACGCUCAAAAAGAAAGGAAAUUAAUUUAUUAUUAUUAUUAUUUGAAAAUGUCACUGUUCACUUUCAGAAAGGUUUGAUGAGAGAACAGGACCGUGUUUUGUGA